UUCAAAGCAAUGGCAAAGCAAAUACUAUACGCUCUCUUUCUAGUCCUCUUAUCAACGACGGAUCUCACUACGGCCUCCUCAGCCGCUGCCGCAGGAACUUCGAAACGCGCAAUAAACUUCAUACAAGCCUCUUGCAAAGCCACCACAUACCCAACAAUAUGCAUCAGCUCUCUCUCCGGUUACGCAAACUCCAUCCAAACAAGCCCUCGACGUCUAGCCGAAACUGCACUCACCGUGACUGUUACCCAAGCCCAGUCCACAAAAGUCUUUGUCUCACGGUUGGCCCGUUUCAAAGGUCUCAAGAAACGAGAGGUCCAAGCCAUUAAGGACUGCAUCGAGGAGGUAAAUGAUACCGUUGACCGUUUGACCAAAUCGAUCCAUGAAGUGAAGAUGUGUGGCAGUGCUAAGGGUCAUGACCAGUUUUGGUUCCAUAUGAGCAAUGCUCAGACUUGGACCAGCGCUGCUUUGACUAAUGCCAACACUUGCUCCGAUGGAUUCUCUAGACGGAUCAUGGAUGGUCGGAUCAAGAACUCGGUUCGUGCACGGAUAGCGAAUUUGUCAAGAGGAACUAGCAACGCUCUAGCUUUGAUCAAUGCUUUUGCUCAAAAAUACUAAUGAAUACGUUUUUUUUUUUUUUAUUAUACAGUUUGAGCUACAAAUGUGUAAAAGCUUUAAAGAAUCUUGAAUUCAGAUCCGAAGUUUCUGGAUAAAUUUUGAUAUUA